UCGGCGACGUCAUUACAACAACUGCCAUCUUUGAGAAGAUUGUGCGACUAAAAGUGAAAACAAGCAUGGGCGCAUAGUGUUUACGUUAUUAUUAGGUACGUUAACAAUUACACGCUCAGGGACUACGUUUCUUUCUUGAGCCAAAAUGCCAAGGCAUAAUGUUACGUGUAUAAAACCAUCAGACCCUCCUUUUAUAAAGAAAAUGAAGGAACGGAUCGGUUAUACGGAGGGACCCACAGUCGACACUAAGCGGGAAACUUUAGCUCAUGACCUCCCGGCAGACAGAGAAGAUAGGGAGGACGAAAAACCAGUUGUGGUAGUAAUGAAGGCCGGCGACCUGACAGCUGAGGAAGCAGAUGCAGUUCGAAGGAAGCAAGAAGAAGAUGCACCCAAUGACGGGAAAAUCGUCUACAGCAAACCAAGCAAGCGAAAGGACGAGGACGAGCAAGGUAUCACUGCGACUUCGACCAAGAAACUUAAAGAAAAGGAUACGGUGAACCGCAGCAAGGUCGCAGCGGUAAAAGACAAUCGUCUACUCUCCUUUGGUGACGAUGAAGAAGACAGUGAUGAUCUGUAGCUAUGUACAUACCGUAACAGGCACGUGCAUUUGCGCGAGUGUAAAGAAAUUGUGCAGUAAACAUGUCUGUAUCAUGUA